UGUGUAUCCGAGAAUACCUGUACGUAAUGGUAGAAGGAUAGAUUUACCAUUGUUUAACGGGGAAGGAGCCUAUAACUGGAUUAUUAGAAUGGAAAGGUAUUUCCGAUUGAACAAUAUUGAUGAUGAUGAAAAGGUUGAGGCAUCUAUGGUCGCUAUGGAGGAUAGAGCCUUAAAUUGGUUCCACUUGUGGGAAAAUCAGACUGAAGAAACGAGCUGGGAGGCAUUGAAGAAAUCUAUUAUCCGUAGAUUUCAACCGGAGAUAAUUCAGAACCCUUACGGACCUAUUCUGAGCCUGAAACAAA